CUCUUCUCAGUCAUGAUGUCUGGGACUUACACACCCCCCCUUCCUCAUCAUCCCUCCCAUCAGAGAACGUACUUGUAUCGUCGAGCUCCCUCUACAUCCAUCAUCGGUAGCCCGUUGCUCGUCUCAGUGACCCCUUUUUUCCCCUCCUUGGUCUCGAGCAUCACCGGCCGCCCUAAUUCACUCCUUUUUCGACACUUCCCAUACUCGCAAAAAAAUGAUGGCCCCCUUCGCCAGGGCCCUCGCCCUCCUCGCGCUGCCGGCCCUCGUCCUCGCGCAGGACGAGCCCAAGGGUGACGGCUACUUCGGCUACGACCUCAAGACCCGCGGCGACGACAACGAGUCGGCCGUCUACGAGACGGCCAACACCAACACGGGGGGCGGCGGCGUCGCGCUCGACCCGACGCCGGACGUCUACCUCAACGCCUCCGUGUCGGUGGGCGAGAUCAGCGUCGAGGUGCGGAACCUCACGGCCAAGGUCAACGUCGACGCCAAGGUGCUCAACCUGCUGCACUUCCAGGCCGGCGUCGACGCGCGCAUCGACCGCGUCAAGCUCGGCAUCUACAACGUCUCGGCCCGCGUCGAGCUCGAGGCCCGCCUCGGCAACGUCGUCAAGAUGGUCGACGACGUGCUGACGAGCAUCGACCUGAACCCCAUCAUCGCCACGCUGGGCGACACCGUCAGCGAUGUCGUCGACGGAGUGGCCGACGCCGUCGAGAACCCCGCCGAGAGUGGUAGCGGCAGCAGCGAUAGCAGUAGCAGCAGCUCCUCCAAGGCGAAGCGAGACCUGGCGUACCGCCUCGAGAACAACAUCCUCUACUCGGUCAACGACUUCUCCGGGCGCACGCACACGAACCGCGUCCUCGCCCAGAACGGCUCGCUGUACGACGUCCGCCUGGACAACGGCGGCAACGAGCGUGGGCGCAGCGUCGUCGGGCACUAUAGCCGCGACAUGACCUUUGGCGGGCACAACCGGACCGUCGAGGGCGGCGAGUUCGAGCUGCAGUACCUGUACGCGCCGUACGCCGGGCUCGAGGCCUUUUGCAACAUCUACGUCGACGCGGCGGGCAGGGUCGUGCGGACCCGCGUCGUGGCCGAGGCCGAGGGCGGCGGGACGGCGACGAUCGGCAACGAUGCGGGGGACAGAUAAUCUGUAGGGAGGGGAGAGAAUGAA